AUGAUGAACAACAACGGAUUCAGUACGGGAGAAGAAGAUUCCCGUGGACCGGCGGAUCAAAUCUGCUGUCUGCUAGACGAUGGAGAGCGUUGCCGGAAGCAGGCUGGUAACGCUUCGUACAGCAAGCGAAUUCAGAAGACGGUCACGCAACGAAGGCUGAAGCUCAGCAUCGACAGCCAUGCACGACAUAUCUACAUCUGUGACUUUCACAAAGCCCGAAUACAGUGCGCGCGUACGAAAAGGCGCCGCCGUGACUCGGAAGAUGAUAGCAACGAGACCGAUACCGAUCUGCCGGAGGUGGAUCUCUACCAGCUGCAAGUGAAUACGUUACGGCGAUACAAACGGUUCUACAAAGUGUCCACACGACCGAGCAGCAACAAAGCGCAGCUAUCGGAGACAAUCAUGAAGCACUUCAAGACGAUUCCGAUUAAGGAGAAAGAAAUUCUCACAUACUUCAUCUACAUGGUGAAAUCGAACUCGAACAAGCUGGACCAAAAGAAUAACGCCAGCGCAGAAGCUACCUGA